AUGGAAUCAUCAUUCAGUUCCCGCGGCCGUGCAGUAGAUUCAUUCCCUUCGUUUUUGGUCGCCCAAGGGCAGCUGGCUAUAGGAAAAACCCCCUUGGACUACCCUCCUCUUUUCUUACUUUCUCGCUUCAGGCACUAGACCGCAUAAUACCAAGCCAAAUCAUACGAAACCAUUCUUACUCCCACCUCUAUCUGGACAACCCUUUCGGCCAUGAACCCUUCCAUUCCACCCUCAACAGCCGAGUACGGCGGAGAUGAGGUUUCUGCGAUCGUGCUUGACCCGGGCUACUCCACGACACGCGCAGGAUUCGCCGGCGAAGACACGCCUAAAUCAUUAAUCCCGACGUGCUACGGUAAAUAUACCUACGAUGGUCAGGAAAAAUUGAUAUUUGGGGACGAUAUUUUCGUCACGCCGCGUCCUGGCCUUGCAAUCAACAACCCGAUGGGUCGAGAUGGGAUAGUGGAAGAUUGGGAUAUGGCCGAGAGAGUCUGGGAAUAUUCAUUCACUUCGCGCCUUACAGGACCGAAACCAGGGAACCCAUUGCAGAAUGGAUUGAAUGAUGCCCAUGAAAGCGAGCUACCCAUCGAGAUGGAGGGUGUGGAAACCGAAGAGAAGCCUCUCGCGGAUAGCCCGUUGUUGAUGUCGGAACCUGGUUGGAAUCCGACAAAGGCUCGCGAAAAGACCAUCGAGAUCGCUAUGGAAAAAUGGGGUACUCCAGCCUUCUAUCUUGCAAGAAAUGGCGUUCUCGCAGCCUUCGCGGCCGGCAAGGCGUCUGCGUUAGUUAUCGACAUCGGCGCUUCCAAUAUUUCCGUAACCCCGGUUCAUGAUGGCAUGAUUUUGAAGCGAGGGGUUCAGCACUCCCCCCUUGGAGGAGACUAUAUCUCAUCGCAACUUCGCGCGCUCUUCAAGUUGAACACACCGCAACCGAUUUCUCUGACACCACACUAUCUCAUCUCCUCUAAAGUUGCUGUAGAUGCAGGACAGCCUCCACAAGUCAAAUAUAAGACAUUUGCUCCCGAGAAGGCACCGGAUGCAACCUAUCGCGCUCUUCUCGAGGAACGGACGCUAUGUGAAUUUAAGGAAUGCGUGGUCCAAGUUUGGCCUGGGCCUAAUAAGCUUUCUGCAGCGGGUCCCAAUGGAGUCUCGAAUGAAGACCUCGCUAAAGCCAGUCCCGGACGGCCUUUCGAGUUCCCUGACGGCUAUAAUCAGGUCUUCGGAGUCGAUCGUUAUCGAGUUGUCGAGUCCCUGUUUGACGCAAAGGCAGCAAUCUCAGAUCCUGAAUCGGUAUCUCCAGCACCCACGCAGGCGCAGACAGUGCCCGAACUUAUCAAAAAUGCAUUGAACGGCGUUGAUGUGGACGUUCGACCACAUCUGUUGGCGAAUGUUGUUGUGACAGGCGCGUCCAGCUUGCUCUACGGAUUCACAGACCGCCUGAACCAAGAGCUAAUGCAGAUGUACCCGGGGCCGCGCGUGCGCAUAUCGGCUCCAGGAAACACUGCAGAACGCAAAUUCGGCUCUUGGAUCGGCGGAAGUAUUCUGGCUAGUCUCGGAACUUUUCAUCAAUUAUGGAUUUCGAAGAAAGAAUUCGAGGAACAUGGUCCUAACAUUGUCGAGAAACGGUGUAAAUAGGGUAUUGUUUGUUUGCCAUUCUUACACUACCUUAGGAAUUGCAAGAUCUGCACGGUAUCCGUUGCAGUACUUUUCUUAUUUCUCUCCAAAUUGGUCUUGUGCUUUUUCUUGUUAUGAAGACCAGGGGUUGAACAAAUUCACUAGAAAGUCCAUUUUGUUAAUAUCAUGUUGUCGGCUUUUCCUAGGAAACUUUGCCCAAUGAAAGUACAAGUCACGGGAGGGUGCAGUCUUCAUUUUCCAACAUCCCCUGCUCAUCAAAU